AUGGCUGACCACAUGAAGAACGUUGGCAACGCGGACUCAGAGCUGUCUGUUGAGGAGCGCAACCUCCUGUCCGUGGCCUACAAGAACACUGUCGGCUCCCGUCGUGCCGCGUGGCGCAUCAUCACUAGCGUCAUGCAGAAGGAGACCACGAAGGGCAACACGGAGAAUGCCGCCUACGCCAAGGAGUACUGCAAGAAGGUUGAGGAUGAGCUGCAGUCCAUCUGCGAUACCAUCCUUGCCCUUCUGGAUGGCAAGCUGAUCGCCAAGGCCAGCAGUGGUGAGUCCAAGGUCUUUUACCAAAAGAUGAAGGCGGACUACUACCGCUACAUUGCUGAGUUCCGCGAUGGUGAUGCCAAGAGCAGUGCGGCGGAGAAGGCUCGCCAAGCCUAUCAAGAGGCAGAGGACAUUGCCAAGAAAGACCUGGCGGUGACCCAUCCAAUUCGCUUGGGCUUGGCCCUGAACUACUCCGUGUUCAUGUACGAGGUGCUGGGCAACCCGGAUGAUGCCUGCAAGAUGGCACGCACCGCCUUCGAGGAUGCUAUUGCAGAGUUGGACAACGUGGCAGAGGACUCCUACAAAGACUCGACGCUGAUCAUGCAGCUUUUGCGUGACAACCUGACCUUGUGGACUUCUGACCAGGAGGGUGGGCAGGCAUAA